GAGCCCUCUACAGGGGUGUCAUGCAGCAGAACUAUGAGAAUGUGACCUCGCUGGGGUUUCCUGUUCCCAAAACUGACAUGAUCUCCCAGCUGGAACGAGGGGAGGAGCCGUGGGCCCUGGAUCUCCAGGGCUCUGAGGAAGGAGAGAUCCUGAGAGCUGCCUGUGCAGCAGGUGCUGGGAUGGUGAGUGAGAAUGAGGAACUGAAUCCUGAGCGGGAAGAUGCUGAGCAAGUGGAACCACACAGGGAAUUAUUGCAAGGAUCCCAAGGGAAUGUGUCCAGGCGGCGUGUGCAGGGAAAAGCCUGUGAGAGUCAGCACAGGCCAGAGAGGCAGCAGGAAAUCCAACCCAGGGAGAAAGUGGGCAAAUCCAUUAAUUGUCAGGGGACUCACCAGUACUCCAAGGAAAUCACAGCCCAGCAGAGAAUACCCACAGGAGGGAGAAAAAACACAUGCACUGAGUGUGGGAAACACUUCACUCUGAACUCCACCCUCGUUAGACAUCAGCGGAUCCACACGGGAGAGCGCCCCUACAAAUGCUGUGAGUGCGGGAAACAGUUCAGUGAGAAAUCAAACCUCAUUACUCAUCAGACAAGCCACACAAGAGAAAGACCCUACGAGUGCUGUGAGUGCGGGAAAAGCUUCACGCGGAGCUCUACCCUUACUAGACAUCAGAGGAUCCACACAGGAGACAGACCCUAUGAAUGCCGUGAGUGUGGGAAAAAGUUCACUCAGAGCUCAGUCCUUAUUAAUCAUCAGAGAAUACACACAGGAGAGCGCCCCUAUACAUGCUGUGAGUGCGGGCAAACAUUCGCUCAGAGCUCAGCCCUAUUUAAACAUGAGAAGAUCCACACAGGAGAGCGCCCCUAUGAAUGCUCUGAGUGCGGGAAACAAUUCAUUGAGAAAUCAAAAUUUAUCAAACAUCAGACAAGCCACACGGGAGAGAGACCCUAUGAAUGUUGUGAGUGCGGGAAACAGUUCAGUGAGAAAUCAAACCUCACUAAACAUCAGACAAGUCACACAGACGAGAGACCCUACGAGUGCUGCGAGUGCGGGAAAAGCUUCACACGGAGCUCAUCCCUUAUUAGACAUCAGAGGAUCCACACAGGAGAGAGACCAUAUAAAUGCUGUGAGUGCGGGAAAAGCUUUGCUUUCAAAUCAGAUGUUGUUAAACAUCAGCGGAUCCACACGGGAGAGCGCCCCUAUGAGUGCUGUGAGUGCGGGAGACAGUUCAGUCAGAAAUCAAACCUUAGUGCACAUCAGAGAGGCCACACGCAGCAGAGUCCCUUUGAGUGCUGUGAGUGUGGGAAAAAGUUCACUCAGCGCUCAGGCCUUAUUAAUCACCAGAGAAUCCACAGAGGAGAGCGCCCCUAUACGUGCUCUGAGUGGGGGAAACAGUUCAGUGAGAAAUCAAACGUUAUUAAACAUCAGACAGGCCACACAGGAGAGAGACCCUAUGGGUGCUGCGAGUGCGGGAAAAGGUUCACUCAGCGCUCAGGCCUUAUUAAUCACCAGAGAAUCCACACAGGAGAGCGCCCCUACACAUGCUGUGAGUGUGGGAAAACAUUCACUCAGAGCUCAGGCCUUAUUAAACAUCGGAGGAUCCACACAGGAGAGAAACCCUAUGAGUGCUGUGAGUGCGGGAAACACUUCACUGAGAGCUCAUCUCUUAUUAGACAUCAGGGGAUCCACACGGGAGAGAGACCAUAUGAAUGCUGUGAGUGUGGGAAAAGCUUCACUUUUAAAUCGGACCUUAUUAAUCAUCAGAGGAUUCACACACAAGAGCAGCCUGUGUAUGCAGGAAAAGUUUCAUCCGGAGCUCACAACUUAACAGACAUCAGCGAUUUCACAGGAUAGAGACACGCCACAAACACUUUGUGCAGGGCAGAGAAAAGAUUGUUUUAAAGCCAUUUUCAAAUUCCCACAAAGGGACUUUUUAGGGCUGUUUGCACCAUUUGCGUCACCCUGUUCUCUCAGCUCCCCCAGGUGAGUUGCCCUGUGCCCUUUGCAGGUCACCGUUCUCUGGGGUGAAUCCCAUGGUCCUUUCUACCAACUCCGUUGUCCUGUGGGUCAUGGGAGUGUGUGUCACUCUGGCCAGGAGUGUCCAUCAUCCUCAUGUGGGGUUAAUAGGGGUGACCUCAGGUAGGAGAAAUCUAAAAUCGACCUGGGCUUUGCCUCCUCUAAGAUUUUCCAGCCUGCUGGAGGUAGCUAUCCUAAUGUAAACACCCCGCUAGAUGUGCCGUGCUGACAGAGCCCAGGCACAGGGGUGGGUUACCUAGCACCUUCCCCUUUGACCUGUCCUAGUCAACACCAAUUUUCAUACUUGAGACAAGCCCUGAGCGGCACAUUUAGACUGUCACUGCACUAGCAGAGCGAUUGUUAGUCACCAGGUUUCUCCUUUGGCGACAGAUUGUCUCAUUCCCAGUUGUUCUCACGCUGGUCCAGGUUGUGCUGGGGGGGCAGGUUGUUUUCUUUUUAUCAUUUCCCUUAUUGAGAAUCUAUUUCAAUAUAACAAAGAGGAGGAGCAGGAUUGGGACAAAUGUAUCAUUUCGGCCUCUACGACACUGGAAGGAAAUGGGGUGAGUUUGCGGGAUUACCUCCUUCCCCAUCGCCGUCACUAGCUCCACUCACUCCAGCAGCGCUGGCGUCUGUCUGAGCCACAAUGGAGUUUAUCCACCUCUGUUCUACCCCUCCACUUCCCACAGAGUCUCUGCACUUUGUAGCAAAUUGAUCCUAAAUCCGACUUGUUAGGGCUGGCGAUGAAGGUGUCCCAGACCUGGAUGGGGAAUUUCCAUGGAUCCCAAACACAGUGUGAUCAUUCUGAGUUUAAAUCCCAGUUUCUGUCUAUUGACAGAGCCACUUCUGGACAUUUUCCUGCUGAGCUGGGAUAAUUUGCACACAAGAAGGUCAGCAAUUUUUCCCUAUUAAGAUGAUGCUAAUUUUCUUUUUUUGUCAAUAACACGAUUUCAUAUUAAUGAAGUGCUGCGGAGUGAAGCCGGUUUGAAUGGAUCGGAGGAGAAAGUGACGGGGGAAUCUGCUCUCCUGGUUUUUGAGUUAUCGGCUGUAACCUGCUCUAGAAUUUAAUUUUAUAUGAAACUGAAAGUGAAUCAUACAGAGCUAGCUGAGUGAUGUUAAGAAUAGUUUAGAUUUAGUGAGCUGUGUUCUUCAUUUUAUUUGUUUUAUACAUUUCAUUAAAAUGAACAAAGAGAUAGUCAUGUCUUUCAAUAAGCUACAUGGGUCAGAACCGUGGAGCAUCUGGGUGGAGAUCAGCCAGUCCAAGUCAGAGCCUUAUCAGCUCCCUCUGUGUUAACCCUUCGGUUCUCACAUGAGAGCAGCUGAGAACCCAUCUCAGCUCCCACUGCAUCCUAGGGAGCUCAGAGCAUUGCAAGGGAAAAUGAGUUCCCCUACGCAGGCUUUUAAGAGUACGGAGUUGGUGGAAGGGUUGGGUAUCUCUAAGUAAGGGUAGGAUGGCGGUGGAUUUCUCUGCUGUCACUGUCAUGACCAGGACAGCCAGCACACCCAUCUAGCUUGCCCUGGGGUUGUGUCUGGUCAGCAUCAGCUGAAGUUGGGGGUCUGGGUUGAGGGUUGUAAAUGGAGGGGAAGAGAUUGUGCCUUUCAGCCAUUGUGGUGUUGGCAGACUGAAGAUGUUUUUGUGUUUUGGGGAAACAUUGGGGAAUGACUGAAAGAGGGCAGAGUUAAGGUUGUGUAGGCAACCUUAACUCUUGGUUUCCUAUUUUUCAGGCGUGUGAGUUUUGCUGAAGUUGAGGUUCUCCAGGCAGACACCAUCCCACCAGACACUUAACUCCUCGUUAAUGAUGGUUUUUGCCCUUUAGUUAUUUCUUGGGGAAUUCUGCACCAAAAAAUUAAAAAUUCU